AACAAAUCCAGCCACAAAAUACGUAGAGGCUCUCAGCCGUGUGGUGCGGACCCGAAGAAAAACGCGAAAAUGGCUAAAAAGUCGUGAGAAAAUUACCGGAGUGCGUUUUAAAAUGUUCAGAAACGUCGCGUGCACCCGCGUGUGUAAUUAAAAUUGCUUAAAAACAUUUACAAAACUUGAAAACCGCACUGUAAACAAAUCCGGGUUACGUAGAGGUAUGGCAAAGAUGGCUGGACUUUAGGACUAGUCUUUUGUUUGUUUAUCAGCAUGAUAGAGAAUUUAUUCGGGAGUGGAUUAAGGAUUGAGAGGGAUCGCAUGACAUGUUUAUCCAAUCUCAACAGUUGGUCACAGGCAGCAAUAACUCAGGUAUCGCGCCAUCUUCAAUUAACAACACCACAACAGGAACUUUUCUUGGUGCCCCAAAAAAACGCAGGGCGCUCGAUUACUACAACAGCUCAGUGGCGUCCGAUCUGUCAUUCGUGGACAAUAGCGGUUUCGGAACGGUGGUGAGCGGUAACGGUUCAACAGAAACGGUCACUCAGCAAGGUAUUGCUGAGGGUAUUCAGGAUAGUCCGAAUGGCAAACCGUUUGUUCGAGCUUCUACCAUCAAGUUGUUAGAUACAUACCAGCGCUGCGGGCAGAAGCGCAAGACCUGGUCGGCAGGGGGUAAUGCGGCAUCUGGGGAGGGAAGUGUCCCCCUUUCUUCGGACGACGUUUCGGACCAAACAACGGCAGUCUGCGGCAGCGGCACCACGACGGCGGCCCAGAACGGAACCAAGACGCAGUCAUCUGCAGCCCAGCCAGCGGCUCAGGGGGCGCAGCAGGGGGGUACAGCUGCCCCUCCUGCUGCAGCCGCGCAAGCGAACCCCCAGCCGCAAGGUAAGAAAAAAUGUUCUGGCAGCGGCGCUGAUGGAGAUUACCAAUUGGUCCAGCAUGAGGUACUCUACUCUAUGACCAACCAAUAUGAGGUACUCGAGUUCUUGGGUAGAGGUACCUUUGGCCAAGUGGUGAAAUGCUGGAAGAAGGGCACCAACGAAAUAGUUGCCAUCAAAAUUUUGAAAAAUCAUCCAUCUUAUGCUCGACAGGGUCAAAUUGAAGUUAGUAUCCUAUCCCGAUUAAGUCAAGAAAAUGCGGACGAAUUCAAUUUUGUACGCGCCUAUGAGUGUUUCCAGCACAAGACUCACACCUGUCUCGUAUUCGAGAUGCUGGAACAGAAUCUAUAUGAUUUCUUGAAACAGAACAAAUUCAGUCCACUGCCCCUUAAAUAUAUUCGCCCGAUUUUGCAGCAGGUACUGACUGCGUUGCUAAAACUCAAGCAACUGGGACUGAUUCAUGCUGAUCUUAAACCAGAAAACAUCAUGUUGGUAGAUCCAGUACGUCAACCCUAUCGCGUCAAAGUAAUUGAUUUCGGGUCUGCCAGUCAUGUAAGCAAAGCCGUCUGUAAUACCUAUUUACAGUCCAGAUAUUAUAGGGCUCCAGAAAUUAUCUUAGGAUUACCAUUUUGUGAAGCCAUAGACAUGUGGUCACUCGGUUGUGUGGUUGCCGAACUAUUUUUAGGGUGGCCUCUCUAUCCAGGCUCAUCAGAAUAUGACCAAAUUAGAUAUAUCAGCCAAACGCAAGGCUUACCCACAGAGCAUAUGCUCAAUAACGCAUCAAAAACCACGAAAUUUUUCUACAGAGACAUGGACAGUACUUAUCCAUUUUGGAGGCUAAAAACACCAGAAGAACAUGAAGCCGAAACUGCUAUCAAAUCAAAAGAAGCCAGAAAAUAUAUAUUUAAUUGUUUGGACGACAUUGGUCAAGUAAAUGUUCCAACUGACCUAGAGGGUGGACAGCUAUUGGCUGAGAAAGUCGAUAGAAAAGAAUUUAUAGAUCUACUGAAAAGGAUGUUGACAAUGGACCAGGUAGAAAGACGCACAACACCAGGCGAGGCUCUUAAUCAUCCGUUUGUAAGAUUGGCACAUUUAAUCGAUUAUGCUCAUUGUAAUAAUGUGAAGGCUAGUGUUCAAAUGAUGGAGGUAUGUCGUCGCAACGACUAUAGCACGUCGUCGACGGCGGCACACCAUCAACCUGCACAGCAGGCUCCAUCUUUGGUCGCUAACUUCGUACCAAGCUCAAAUGGUAAUGUUACUUUUACCAUUAAUAACCAGCUGACCAAUCAGGUACAGAGGUUAGUUAGGGAUCGUUCUGGCUAUGACAAUUUGUAUCAAAUUUAUAACGGAAGAACAGUGGGCCGUCAAUAUGCGACCAGUGCCCGCGCUGAUCCAUUUCAACAUCAACUCGUGUCUAGUAUUCUUUGUCCAGCUGGCUAUCAGGGAAUGGGUGGCUCUCCUGCUAAACAUGUAACUGUUGUUCAACAGCCCCCGUUACAGAUUCAACCUCCAAUUUUGAGUCAACCUGGUCAGCAGCAAUAUGUCCCUGUUAGUGUCGUGGAACCUUCAGGAAGACAAAUGUUACUUACUAACGCUGUACAAACUUCUUGGCCUACCAGCAGACAACAAAUGGCUAUAGUACCAUCUUGGCAACAAUUACCGCCUCAACAUGCAGCCAUUCAACAACCACUUCUGUCAGAAGCUGAAUGGGGUAGACCGCUUUUAGUAGCCGAUUCAACUGCAAUUCUUCAAGACCAGCGACCAGUAUUUCCAGUGGAUGUGGCCACUGAAGUCUAUAAUCCUGCUAUAGUAGAUCACAGUGGUUCUUGGGGCAGUAGCAAAAGAAGUUCCAGAAAUCAUCAUAGCCAACAAACUGCACCUCAUCAUAGUCAUCAUCAUUUGAUGGUUCCUACUCAUCAUCGAUCUCACCACGACAAAAAGGAACAAACUCAACUUUCACCGGUCAAAAAGCGGGUUAAAGAAGGCACCCCACCUUCGGAGCAGUACUCCAGUAGCAGAAGAAAUCAUAGUUCUUCUAAUAGUGCAUGGUCGCAUCCAAGUCAUCAUCAGGUUACCUCCCAAGACCACCAUACACAGACCUAUAACAAUCAUCACCAUCACAAUGGUCACCAUCAUGGAGGAAAGAAUCAACAUACAAUAACCAUCAAUGAUACACCUUCGCCGGCCGUCAGCGUGAUUACAAUUUCCGACAGUGAAGAUGAAGGGUUGCCAGGAAAGAGGCUAGUAAGAAAAGUACAAACCAACAAUGUUGGUACCCAACAGAGUCAAACACACCAUACAAGUCAACAACACGUACCAAGUAGAAAGAACGUCAUCAGCUGUGUGAAUGUCCAGGAUAGUGAUAAUGAGGACAGGAGCUCGUCAAAACAUAACCAUCAUCAUCAUCACCAGCAACACCAACACCAACAAGCCCAGCCUCAGCCGUCAUCUUAUAACAGUCAGCCGGUCAUUAAAAACGAACCAUCUUCUUGUUCCAGUAGCAGUAGUAGCAACACUGGCGCUUACACCACCCAGAAAAAACGGCUUUUGGCUAAAGCUCAGUCUGAAUGCAUGCUGAAUGUGGCUACCAAGCAAGAACCUGGUGUAAAUGAGUACUACAGCCAAUGCAGUUCCGCUUGCAAGGAACAACAACCAUCAAGUUCUCAAAAUUAUUCUCAUUACUCAGGUUCAAAUAUGGGCCAUGAACAACCUAAUUAUCCAUCGAGUAAUGCUGAGAAAAGAGUUAGUUGGGCACCUCCUGUUGCUCAUAACACUUCUUCAAGCCAUUCUAGACGACACUCGGCAGUUCCUGUAGUAAAUCUUCGCGAAUACGCGCCUCAAGCUCCUCAUGGAGAUUACGUGCAACCACCGGCAGCACACUCUAGUGGCAGGGAUCAGCAUCUACUAGCGCCCCCAGGAAAGGGUUGGGGACCUCCACAAGCGAUACCACAGGGCUAUAGACACAGCUCGGCGCACCUAUCGCCACAACCAUUAGCAGCUGCUCCCAGACUGUCACCACAACACCCGUUGGCUGCAGGUCAACCUCUCUAUCAUCAUCAGACCGAGCUGUAUAGGCGACCUGUGUAUGUUACUACUGCUCAGCCUGCAUAUUUGCCAGCUACUCAUCAGGUGGCACCAGGAGGCAACUUACCAUCACACAACCAUAGUAGCACGUUUACUCAAUGGCCAGCUAACCAUUUUAGUUUAGCAACAUCGUCUACUCAAAAUGUCACACAAUCUACCUUAAAUAUUAGUCCAUACAGUAGUCACUUGUUAAAUAGUUACGGAAGCGUAUCUGCGAAUAAUAGUGUUAGAAAUCCUGAGCCUAGUCCUUUACAUGCUUUACUAGAUCAGGUUUUAAAUGACGGUAGUUUUGGUCAAUCGUCUAUGCCUAUGUCAUAUUAUGAAUAUGAUACGCCUAUUGAUUACAGUAAUAAUUUUUAUACUGGAUUGCGUAGGGAACUUGACUCGUCUAUUGACGAUGGUUUGCCAGCGAAAAAACGGAAAUUAAAUUUUAAUUGGCUUGUUAAUUAAAGUUAAAUUUUGACAGAUAAAAGCAAUUCUUCGAAAAUCUUCUAUUGAAAAUUUGAAUAUUGUUUUUCACAUACUGAAAUUAUAAGGUAUGAGUUGAAAUUUUGAAAUAAUAUUCUUAUGCAAUUUUCUGUAAGAGAUCUUUUUUAAAGAAUUGAGCUUCAGCAUUAUGCUUUUUUGUAGGAAAUUAUAUUAGGCAUAAUUUUACGGGCUUGUUAUACCGAAUUUAGUUUAUUUUGAUAGUGUAGGUGAAGUUUUUACUGAUACUCUAAAACUUCAGCUAAUCAGGGUACCUAAUUCUUUUUGCGAGUAAAAUAAGCAUAAAUUGUAUUCUAGUUUUACAUUACUUUGGAUGGAUUUUCAAAGAUAUCGGGCGAAAAUUUAAUCCUCAAGACGUUACACUUAUCAUAUAACAUUUAAUUUGUAGAUAAAUUAGUUCAUCCUUACAGGAUAAACUGAGUCUAAAUAGUACCAUAUUUGAGCAAAUAAAAAUUAGUGCAUAUUUUGAUAGGAUGCAGGAAAUCCCUCAAUAUUAUUUAGUUAAUAUUUGGGUUGUGUGAUUAUUGUAUACGCUUUAGUUAUUUAAGUUAUUUUUGUACAAAUUAUGCUUUUGUAUAUUUAUUUUCUUUCCUGCAUUGUGGCAAAAGUUUUUUUUUGGUUUGUAGCUUUUAACAUUGCAACUAUUAUUAUUGUAAACUUUACCACUCGAUAGCAGUUUUUUUCUUUGUUUGUUUGUUCAAGAGAACAUAUUGUUUUUAUUCAUUGAAGCAUUUUAUUUGCACAAACUUUUUACUUUUACCAAGUGGUAAAGUAAGGUUCUUUGUUUUUCUUUUCAUUAAUAAACAUUUCAUUUCGUCAAUCA